AUGACGGCUCUGGGCACAGUGGGUGCUGCCCGGGUGUUGGUUACCCUAGUAGCUGCGGCUCUUUGCGGUCACUCUCUGUUCGGAGUCAGUGCCACCUUGAACUCGGUUCUUCUCAAUUCCAACGCCAUCAAGAACCUGCCCCCACCGCUGGGCGGCGCUGCCGGGCACCCAGGCUUCGCAGUCAGCGCUGCUCCAGGAAUUCUGUUCGACGGCGGCAACAAGUACCAGACCAUUGACAACUACCAGCCGUACCCGUGCGCCGAGGACGAGGAGUGCAGCACCGAUGAGUACUGCGCGAGUUCCACCCGCGGAGCGGGUGCGGGCGCGCAAAUCUGCCUCUCCUGCAGGAAGCGCCGAAAACGCUGCAUGCGUCACGCUAUGUGCUGCCCUGGGAAUUACUGCAAAAAUGGAAUAUGUAUGCCUUCUGAUCACAAUCAUUUCAAUCGAGGAGAAAUUGAGGAAACCAUUAUUGAAAGCUUUGGUAAUGAUCACAGCACCUUGGAUGGGUACUCCAGAAGAACUACACUGUCUUCAAAAAUGUAUCAUACCAAAGGACAAGAAGGUUCUGUCUGUCUCCGAUCAUCAGACUGUGCUACAGGGUUGUGUUGUGCUAGACAUUUCUGGUCCAAGAUCUGUAAACCUGUUCUCAAAGAAGGUCAAGUGUGCACCAAGCACAGGAGAAAAGGCUCUCACGGGCUGGAGAUAUUCCAGCGUUGUUACUGUGGAGAAGGUCUGUCUUGCCAGAUACAGAAAGAUCAGCAUCAAGCCAGUAAUUCUUCUAGGCUUCACACCUGUCAGAGACACUAA